AUGCCAAACAGGGAUAAGCGUCAUCUCUCUCCUGCCGCCGUGUUCCCCCCCGCCCCGCCUCGCAGCUGCCAAACUGCCUCGCCGGCCUGGAAGGAGCCACGAACAAAGAAAAAAACCCCUCUCCACCCACCACCAAAUCGCUCUCCCUCUCUCCCAGAGUCCAGAAGAAACCUUCAAAAAAAGUAG